GUUAGUUUUCAAAUUAACAAACAAAAUUAAAAUAUGUCUAUUGACAUUUUACCUUUAAGAAUUACAUAAUUUUCUUUAAUUUAACUAUGUCAUGUCUAUAGUUAUAUAAAUCUAAUUUUACUCUUAGUCACAUCAUUAUAAUUAACACAGUUGGACGUUGGUUACUCUUAGUUUCAUGAAUACAAUUUAGUGAGCUAUUUAUUUAGACUUUGUCGUGUAGAUCUAUACCUGUUAUCUACAUAUAGCGUAUGCAAUACAUUUUACUGGGUAGUAAAAUAAGCAAUUUCAAAAUUAUAAUCUUAUUUACUCUGUAGACACCUACGGAGAUGGCAUGGAAAUUGCAACGAUAAAACGUUGUUCGAUAUGGAUAGAAAGAGAUGACGAGAUUUCCUACGGGCAGGAUGAAUUCAAAGUGUCUGUAUGGGUGUUGGCCACGACUUGGGGUCGGUAUGAGGACGUGGUGACUAUUGAAUUACACGUAGGACUCGAUAUUCUACCGGCCAUCCACAUACCACUCAUCAUCAAAGCUAUUACGUUCCCCAUACAAUACCCUUUAGCUAAAGACGUUCACAAACCAACCAUCAACUUCAGCCUCUACUCGAUGGAGUCAGAAAACCGAUUACAAAUCUUGAAUAAUAGUGAAAUUCCGAUCAAAAUAUCUUGGCGCAUAUAUAACGAAAGUAAAGAAAAUAAACCGUUUGGAGUAUUAAUUGACACAUUAACUCCUGACUAUCCAGACCAUUGGUCUUUGAGAAUUACCAGUUACGACGGGUUAGAAAAUCCUCGAUAUUUUAUAGUAAGUUAAUUGACCCUACUUCAUCAUUCUAUAGAAUAAUAUAAUUUAGUAAUAAGUUUUAAGAUAUUAUGAUUUUCUAAAUAUUAUUCACAUCACCGUCGUGAUAGUUUAUAGAUUUUAAUGCGUAUAUUGAGUUUUUUUCAUCGUACAAGUGUUAUUUGACUGUGUGCUGAUUAAAUAAAUUAUAAUCAGAAUAAUGAGCAAUAAAAAUGUGUCUAAUAAAUGUGUUUUUCUAUAUCUACUGUUAAUCUAUACGUGUAGUUCACUUUAAAAAUCAUUUGACUCGAGUUAGAAAACCAAAACUAUAAUGUAAUAUACAUGAUUCAUAUCAGUCAUAUACCCGGUAAAUAUUUCUAAUAUUUAACGACUAAACACAAUUAUAUUCGUUAAUUUCACCUGUAUAUUUAUUGAAAAUCUAAUGUAUCUAAAAAUAAGAAUUUGUCUAUCAUUAUUGUAAUUAAUUAUAUUGCUCAUAAACAAUGCUUAUGAUACAACUUACUAUGCUAUUUAAAGCAAUAUUAAAGGCAUUGAGCCAA